AUGUCUUCUAUUGCCCAACGCACAGCCAACUUCCUGAACCCAUUCCAACAGCUGGACGCCAUGGCGAUGAAACGAGCUCCGUCCGUGUACUCUGUGAAGUCCACCACCACUCUCAAUCACACCGAGCAGACACAGAUCGACUCUGCCAAAACCAGCACCUACCAGAUCAAGCUCCAGAUGAGCGCGGAGGAGAUCCAGAUUGUGCGUUCCACCUGGGUGACGAUGUUGAGUGAUGAGGCCUUCGAGGGACCAUCUGCUCGCCCUGACUCGGACAUGACCGCCCAAAACUUGUCUAAAUCCGUCUUUGUCGACCAAAUUUACUCCAACUUGCUCACCAUGAAGCCAGACUUAGAAAAGCUCUUCCCAUCCAUCAAGCACCAGGCUGCUUCCUUUGCCGGCGUGCUUGCGUUUGCCAUCAGUCAGCUCGAGGACAUUUCUCGCAUCAACGCCUACUUGAUGGGCUUGGGAAAGCUUCAUUCGCGUAUCUUGGGGAUCGAGAAACCGCACUUUGAGUUGAUGGGCUAUGCGUUUAUCAAGACGUGCGAAGAGAGAUUUGGGACCGACAAGUUCACCCCCGAGAUGGAAAAGUUGUGGAUCUCGCUCUACUUGUAUUUAGCGAACACCUUGAUUCAGUUUGGUCUCGAUCCGUACAUGCACAGCAACUUCGAUAACCAGGGCUUGAAUGACGCGAUUUUGGUGGAUACGCAAAUUCCAGGCGACAGCUUUGGCUUGGUGCCAUCGCGCUCUAUGGACGAAGAGGCCGAUACCGCGUCCACCAACUCUGAUUUCUCGCGCUUGUCGCUUCUGAACCGGAGCCCACCCUCCAGCCACAAUUCUGGUGGAUUCAGAUCGUCCAUCUCCACCAUUGGCACCACUAUGUUCAACAAGCACGGCGGUGUCGUUAAUGCAUCAAUUCCCGUGAAAAAUGGUCUCCCAGGCACCGAAGCGGUCUACGACACAGAGGCCUCUUUGGCACCAGCUACUGUCGUCAAGUCUGGCACAAAGAACGGUCUUAGAACUUCCAAGUUGGGCAGAAGAUCCAGGGGUCCAAAUGGCGACGAUUCCAACUGCACGAUCAUGUAA